GGACAGAAGGCAUUCCAAAAUAACAUAGAGACGUGACAAUAUCAUAUAGCCAGUCUGAACAGAUAAGCAAUGCAGUACCUCUGGGUGGCUUUUAUUAUCUUAUUCAUGAGUCUUCUCUUCCAACUAUGGAAGAGACCAAGAAACUUGCCACCAGGACCAUGGGCUAUACCAGUGUUUGGGAAUUUCCUGCAAUUGGAUUACAGGAACCCACUCCGUGAUUUCAGCAAGCUGGCAAAAAGAUAUGGGAAUGUCUUCAGAAUCUAUCUAGGAAGUACACCCGUUGUCUGUCUUCAUGGGUAUGAAACUGUAAAGGAAGCGCUGGUCAACAAUGCUACAGAGUUUGCUCACAGGCCCAAACAUCCAGCUUUAACAGGCUCAAAUACAGGAAAAGGCAUUGCCAUGGUCCCUGCUCAGCAAUACUGGAAAGAACAUAGGAGAUUUUCCCUUAUGGCACUGAGAAACUUUGGUAUGGGUAAGAAAUCCAUGGAAGCUAGGAUACAGAAAGAGGUGGCACAUUUGGUGAGAGCCUUUGAAAUCCAAGGAGACACCCUGUUUAAACCAAAUGAGCUCAUUCUCAGAGCUGUAUCCAAUGUCACAUGUUCUGUUUUGUUUGGGCACCGAAAUGAGUAUGAAGACAACUCCUUUGGACACAUCCUUCAUCUCACUGAUGUCAAUCUCAAGUUAACUUGUGGAUUUUGGGGAGAGAUUUAUAAUACAUUGCCCUUUCUUCGAUGCCUGCCACUACCGUUUCAGAAAAUAUUCAAGAACAGAGAAGUUAUUCUUGCUUUCUUGAAGAAGGAAAUCAAGGAACACAGAGAAAGGUGGAUACCAGAAGAACCCAGAGACUACAUUGACUGCUAUUUUGAUGAAAUAGAGAAGAGAAAGAAUGAUGGAUCAUCCUUCGAUGAAAAAGCCUUGAUGUACAUCUUGUUGGAUUUGCUGAUUGCUGGGACAGACACAAUUGCAAACAUUAUGUGGUGGACUUUACUUAUAAUGGUGACCUAUCCUGAUGUACAAGCUAAGUGCUACAAUGAGCUUUGCUUGAUGCUGGACAGUAAAGCAGAUGGGCUCUGCUAUGAGGACAGAUCCAAGCUUCCUUAUAUCCAAGCUGUGCAGCAUGAAGUGUUACGUUUUAAGGAAGUCAUUUCAGUGGUAAUACACAGUGUGUCCCAGGAAGUUACGUUUCUUGGAUAUACAAUCCCUAAGGAUACAAGGGUAAUGGUUAACAUUGAAUCUGCCUUGCAUGAUGAAUCCCAGUGGAAACAUCCUCAUGAGUUUAAUCCUUCUAACUUUUUGAAUGACAAGGGCGAAUUUUUAAAACCUGAGGCCUUUAUACCAUUUGGUGCAGGUUUAAGAGUAUGCCUAGGUGAGAAUCUGGCUUGGGUGGAGCUCUUCUUCUUCUUCGUUACUCUGCUGAAGAACUUUGAGUUCAUCUGGCCUGACAGUAGCACUGCACCAGACCUCACACCAGUGUUUGGGACUGUGAACACACCACGCCCCUUUGAAGUACGAAUGAGAAAGAGAGACUAACCUGACCCAGUUCAGAAACAAAAAAACAACAUACUAAAGGCUGAAACUGAUAUUAAGAGACUGUGAUGUUCAGCUAAAUGUUGUCACAUAUGUUUUAUGCUUUCUUCAUAUCUGUAUAACUCAUCACAUUUAAGUUGUGUAUUUUCUUUAUUUAUGUAUAAGUUUUGCCUUAACUUCAUAAGAAAAUAUAAUGCAUUUCUGUAUUUGUAUAUCAUCACCAAUUUCAACCUCAGAACUACAGCUGUUGCUUAGAAUAUGAAAAA